AUAGGGAAGCUCUUCUAGACAUGUCUGAGAGGAUACCGCCUCCCGCGACAACCAUGAGCUCUUUAUCAAGCCAAUCCGAACUCUUGACAUCAAGAUCUACGCCUCUAGAUCAGCCUGCGCCAACGAGGUCUGGUGUCGAUCAUGGGCAUGACCAUUAUUUUGCCAGGCAUAGAUCAAAGACCGACAACUUUGGUUCACAUGGAGGAGAACUUACAACUACAUUAUCCCAUUCUCUCUUAGUAAUCGAUGGAAUGUACAACUUGAGUUCAUUGUCUAUUGAUGAAAUGAACGUUGAAUUUUACAAGGAGUCUCUUAAGCGUCAGAAAGCAGAGAGGAAUGCGAUUGAGGCUCUACGAAGGGCAAAAACAUCCGAGGAUUUAUAUGCCAAGGAGGUGAACAGAAGGAAAGAGAUUGAGGAAGCACUGGCAAGAGAAAAAUUGGAAGUCAAAAUGCUCGAGAACCAGAAUAGGAAAAUCCUGGAGCAACUUCAGACGGCAAACAAGAAAAAUCAAGAAUUGGAACCUCGCAUUGCCGAUUCUGAUAGCGUAUCCAAGAAAUGUUGUGCAAAUGGUAACCAGAGCCUAAGUUGUAGUAGCACCACUUACACCCUCUUAUCCGAAAAUUAUGUAAAUAGAUGA